AUGUGUCCUGGACAUAACUAUUGCGAACAGUGUGACCAGCUGUUUUGUGAUGGAUGUAAAAUAUCUCAUUUACGGACAAAAAUGAGCAAAGACCAUACAUUUCUAAGUGGCCCGAAUAUAAACCCGGAAGUUAAACAAUAUUGUAAAGAACAUGAUGAAACAUUUAUAUAUUACUGCAAGGAAUGUGAUUCGCCGAUAUGCAAAAUAUGUGUGAUUAAAAAACACAAAUUACAUGACUUUGCUGAAAUCAAGGAAACAACUGACGGAAUCAAAGCUGAGGUCAAAAAGGGAAUGGACAUGAAGGUUGAAUACCUACAAUCAAAGAUAGCUGAUAUUGACCAAGGAUCAAAUCAAUAUCAGGCUGAUGUUAAUGAAGUCGUCAAUGCUAUACGAGAGGAAGGGAGACACUUAAAAGAAAGUUGA